AUGGACAGAGUACAAAAUCCAAAGAAAGUUCGAGACGGAAUGAACAACGAGGUGUCUUCCACUUCUAGCGACGAGAAUAACGCGCCUGUGAAACGCUACGCUAAAUAUAAAAAGUUGUACAAUGAUACAGCCAUUUCUGACAACGAAUUCGAACCGAGACCCAGGAAUAUCCAAACGCGAAACCAUUACAAGAGCAUGGGCAAUUUGAACGAGAGCUACAGAGACUUUACAACCAUCCAAAACAGUAUAAGCAAUAUCGAUUUGAGCUUACACUCUGAGGACAUUAAGAAAUUUGAAACCCUCCAAAUUCCCAUAGUCGGUUACGAAAUCAUGGAAGAACGAGCACGCUUCACAAUAUACAAAUUAAAGGUUGAAGACGACAAUCGUGAUCAGUCGUGGCUGGUAUUCCGUCGUUACACAGAUUUCGUUCGUCUAUAUUCCAGAAUUAAAGCCGAACAGCCAAAUAUAAAGCUCCCUCUACCAGGCAAAAGGUGGUUUCGGGACAAUUUCGAGCCUGCGUUUCUGGAAGACCGCGUCAGAGGACUUCAAAUUUUCGUAAAUGCAAUACUAAGUAUGUUGCCCAACCAUCCUACUGUUAGGGAGUUCUUCUGUCUCGAUGAGCCACCCCAAGUGUUCACUUAUCAACCUGAAGUUCAAGCCGUGUAUGGGGCUUUAGAAGAUUCUAUAACUACCCUCAAAAUGCAGCUGAAACAGAAGGACGCGACGAUCAUGCAUUUGCAGAAGAGAUUGGCUCAACUAGAAACACAAGUUAAAAACUGUGCUAAUUGCAGUACAAAUUUAAAUGCUUCUUAG